AUGUCCGUCGACGACGUCCCAGUCGAUCCGACACCGCCGGAAAACACGAGGAGGCUCGUCGGCGGCGUCCUUUUUCGCCGUGGCCAGCUAGGUGUGCACGGCACCGAUCCAGCCAUCGAGCAAGAAGCCGCCGACGACAUCGUGACGCUGGCCACCACAUCGAGGCUAACGCCACACUCCGGCGGACUGUGCUCUGAUGUCUACAGGACGAGCCUCGCGCUCGACUCAGACAAUGGACGCGGCGCUCCGCCGCGAUCGCUGCUGGGAGAGCUCGUAGAACGGCACGCGGGCACCCCGGGGCAAAUCUGCAUCAAGCGCGUGACGGUCGAGGACCAAUGCCGUCCCCACUCGGUCGAGCUCGAAGUGUCGAUGCUCGAGCGGCUAUCGCACCGCAACAUUGUCCUGCUCCUCGCCGCCGUCGAGGAUACCUCGGAUCCCUUCGGGACGGUGCUGGACCUACACAUGCCCCUCUACCCCGCCACACUGACCGACCUCCUCAACGACCCUUGCUUCGCACCGUCCUCGAUCGUGGCCACGCUCGACCAGGAUCUCGACGUGCAGCGGCAUCGACCCGCCCUCUCCCUGUCCCAUCUCUGUUCCACGCCGCCUCGACGCAAGUUCGCCUCGUUUGCCGUCUCGCUCGCCUCGCAGCUCUUCUCGGCCCUGGCGUACCUCCACGACGAGCAGAGGAUCGCGCACCGCGACAUCAAGCCGGACAACAUCCUCGUAUCGGCCGAUGGGACGGUCAAGCUGAUCGACUUUGGCACCGCCCUCGACCUCUCGUCUGCGGCACCCUCUGCGGCUGGAGCCGAGACCGGGCCUGGACGCGUCGGUCACGCCAAGGAGGGGAGCAACGGCAGCGGAGCGGUGUUCCAGGUGGGCACCGGCUGUUUCCGCGCACCCGAGCUCCUCUUUGCUCCGACAGACGGGUACGACGCGUUCAAGAUUGACAUUUGGGCGGCUGGAGUGACGCUGGCCCAUCUCUUCACCGCGUUGGAGACGGUCGUCGAGGAGACGGAGGAGGACGACGAGGACGACGAGACGUGGGACGACGAGCGAGUACAGGAGGGGGACGAUCGACCAUCAUGGCAACGGGCCCUGUGGGAUGACGACGACGACGAGGUCACGACGAUGGGCAAAGACACCUCCGCACCUCCCUCGGCGAUGACAGCACCACCACCACCACCUCCGCGAGCAGCGACAAGGGGAAAGCGGGGGUACGCACGCGCCCCGCUGUUUGCGGGCUCGUUUGGCGAAAUCGGGCUGGCAUCGAGCAUCUUUUCGCUCCUCGGGCGGCCGCACACGGCGGCCGAGUGGACCGAGUCGACGACGUUUCAGCCUCCGCUGCACCGUCUUCCCUUUCCGCCCUCGUCGCCGCGCCCCUUUGCGGAGAUCGUCGAGGAGAAGCUCGUCUACUUCCAUCCUGCACUCGACGAACUCGAUCGAGGUGGGGAGGGGAAGAUGAGAGAGAGGUUGGAAAAGUUGGUACUUGUAGCCAUUAGGGAGAUGCUGGUGCUUUCUGCCUCGAAGAGGUGUGAGGCUCGGCGCGUGGUCGAGCUGUUGCAGCAGGAAUAA